AAGUUGUAGUUUGGAUUUUACUAUUGUUAUGAAUUUGUUUUGAAAAAUUGGAUGGUUUAGACACAAGAUUCAUGAGUUAAUGAGAUACACUAUUGAUAAAAACUAUGGCAGUUUGGAUUUUUUGUGUAUAUGAAUUAUUGGAGAAGUUAUUGAAAUUGGUUAUGACAGUUAGUAGUGAAGCAUUGUUUUGUUAAUUCUGAUAUUAAAUGUUUUCCAACUGGUUUUGUACUCUGUUCAUUAUGAAUUAAGAGGUACAAGGUACCCAGAUUGGUUAAGUUUGGGGGAAUUUUGUCUAUUCAUGUGUGUGCUUUAUGUUCUUGGUUCUCACGGAUUGUACCAACUCGUUUGUACCACUUUUUAGUUAUGGGAGUUAGUAGUUAAGUGUUGUUUUGUUCAUUGUUUUGGUUGUGGAAAUCAUUUAAUUGAAAAGAGUUUCACAUCAUUUUAAUGUACUUUAAUGUGUAACAUGCAAGAAGCAUGAAAUGUGUGUUUGAAAUCUGAAUUUUUUCAAUGUCGAAUUGUUAAGUUGAUUUGAUGUGAUUUUAGGUGAUUACAAUGCACGAUUUUCAUUGUGUUUUGGUCAAUUAUUUAUUUUUAUAUAGUGUAUUUGCUGAAAUAUGUAGUCCUUAACGUUUAAAUUUGUUUAUCUUUAAUUUGGUUAGGUUCAUCAUACAUGGAUGGGAAACGCAAAAGGAAAGGGGGAAUUGAACCCGUAAAGAAGGAUGUGACCCCCGAGCCGAACGAUAAUGCGGUUGCUUGGAGAAUUUUCUUGUAAGUUUUGAAUGAUGGAUAGUUGUUUACUCGUGUGAAUGAUGUGUAACAUUUAUUUUAUUAUAUAUUUGAUUGAAAUUAUGUCCACAUGUAGCAAUGCGAACUACAAAGCCCUUCGAGCAGCUGAGAAGGGAUUAACUGAGAAAGAGGCUACCGACAAAUUGAAAGUGCAAUAUAAAGGUUUCACCGACGAGGAGAAGUCUGAGUGGAGAAGCUAUGACCCUAACCCUAAUCCCGCUAAGAAGGCGGUGCAAACAAGGGGGAGGAAACCAAAGGCAGCUGAUGCCAAGGGGAAGAAAGUGGAGGUGGAUGAGGAAGAGGGUGCUCCUGAAAGUGAAGAAGCAUCUGUGUACGGUCGAUGCUCCUUCAACCGUUUAAUCAGGAUUUGCAAGAACCUGAACCUGGAGCAGAAAGAUGUGAUCCAAAAUGCUGGAUUUGGAUCAUUCAUCAGAGAGGAUGCACCAUAUGUUGACACCCGACUAGUGAGUUGGUUAAUCAAACAUGUUGACCCAACCACUAGCAUACUGGAUUUGUAUGGGAGGAAAAUUCACUUAUCUGCCGCGAUGUUCGGAGAUGUUAUGGGGGUGGACGACGGAGGGGAUCCUGUAGUCACCGAGGGUGAUAGUGACACUCGAUAUCUGGAGGAGAUAUUGAACGUUGUCGAGUACACCGUGUCCUUGACAGGGUUGGAGAAAUCUUUGUUGGAGUGCGCUGAGGCAGACAGCCUAUUUCUGAUUAAAUUUUCUUUGGUGGUCAUAGGGACAGUCCUUGCGCCGAAAAUGGGGGUCGAUAUCACUUUGGGGUACUUGCACUCCCUUAGGGUUACUAGGGACAUUCGCCACAAGAACUGGGCGACUGUGGGGUUUAGGUAUCUGAUGAACUCAAUUUUCAGAUUUCGAAAUAAGGCCACGAAGAAUGUAUCUGGCUGCACCUUAUUCCUCCAGGUACAUUGAUUUUGUUAUCUUUCAUUUAUGUAAAUGUGUUUAUUCAGUUUCUAAUAUAAUAUUGUGAUUUAUUAGUCGAAUGUAUUACUAAUACAUUGUUUGUUUGUGACAGUUGGUGUACUUGACUCACGUGGAGUGGAACUUUGGUUAUGUCGACCGAACAGUGCUCCCCGUUGAUUUUUGGGGUAGUAAACAAUGUAAGUCCGCUUACAAAUUUGUGAAAGACAAUGGGGGUCCCAACAGCGACAAGGUACAUCGAAUUUUGGUUAUAAUGUGGUAAUGUGAUUUCAGUUGAUAUUAAUUAUUUUGGGUUUGAAAAAUUAAAUUUGUUAAAUUUGUUAUGUUUAACAGAUAACGCUCACUUCGAAUCCCGUAAUACUGCCCAACUACUACUCCGACUCUGAAGGAAGAAAGAGCAGUGAUCACUUUGUCAGCUCUAUCAACGAGUUGAAGGAGUACUUCUCCAAUGAGUUAAAGUCUCAGUUGAGAUCAUUUUCUUUGAAAUUUAUGGACAAAGGAGAAGGUGUAGGUGGUAUUGACGAGAGUUGGAGGAGGAUGCUGCUGCGGAAACGGGGAAGAAGGCGGAGUGCAGCCAGGCCGUGGAGGAGUCCCCGUUGAAGUCCCCUGUCCGUUCAAAGACUAAUGUUGUUGGUCUAUCCGACGAAAAUGUGGUGGAUUCUGUAAGUACGCCUUCACUAUCUGUUACAAAAUCUGUUGAAGAUGAAGGUGCUGCACAUAAGACCUUCGACGAUGAGGACUUUGAUAUAGUCGAAGUGGCAUCUUUCUGGAAUAAAGGCAAAGCCCUCGUCAAACCAAAGAAGACACAGUCGGAGAAUCUGCCUUUAAUUGAGGAUGACUUCAACGAUAAGGCGUACGAGCAAUUCAUUGAGUCGGGCAGAACUGUUGUCAGGCCUUUCAAGACGAAGGAAGCGAUCCCCCGUAACCAAUAUGGGUUUUACAAGUUUAUUUUUAGCAACACAUUAGAUCCGGGGUAAGUAAAUGUUAUUUUCGUAUUUCUCAUUAUGAUAUACUUGUAGAAAUUUUUAAUAACAGUUACAUUGAUUACAAUUGAAUCAGAUAUGUGCUUGCGAAAUUUCGAAAGUUUGAAGUGGAUAGGAGGUGCAUGGCAUCGUUGCGACCGUUGCGAGAAGUUGAGGGAUCCGUAAGUGUCAAAGUAUUAACUAAAUAUGUAUCAUUUAUUGUACAUGUGUAAAUCAUAUUUCAUUUUGUUGCAGAUCAUUGACUGUUUUUCUAUACUAAUGAACAAGUAUGAACGUGAUAGUCGAUUACCUGACCAACCUCGUGUUUGGUACAUGCCCACUCGCAUCUCGGUAAUUGCUUUGCUGUACAACUUAUUUUAAAUUUUGUAAUUCAGUUUGGUUGUAAUUUCUGUUACUUGACAAGAUGAACAAUGCUUUUGCAGCAAAAAACUCUCGGUUCGUUUAAUGUGAAGAGGAUUGCGAAAGACCGGGAGUG